AUCAGACCUCUAAUGAACACAGCUUUUUUUUUUAGUAUCACUUGACAAAGACAAAUAAAUAGAUUAUUUCAGGAUGUUAAGAUUAGUCAACUAAUUAGAGACAAUUUUAUACAAUCCUAAACUUGCUUGCUCAGUUUAAUCUUGAAGGACUCCUUUAGCAACCAUGAAGCGCUACCUAAUCAUCACAGCUGAUGACUUUGGCUUCAGCAAAGAGAGGAAUGCAGGUGUAGUGCAAGCUUUUAACCAUGGCGCUGUGAAAAGUGCUUCUCUUCUACUCAACUGUACUGGGACUGAAGAAGGAGCUAAAAUAUUUCAAUCCAGUUCAAUCUGUCAUGGUCUACACUUAAACCUCACAGAGGGGUCACCAGUGGGGGUCGGGAAAUAUGAAACAUUGAUUACAUCAACUGGGUGUUUUAAGGGCAAAUUUGAGCUGAGAAAACAACUUGAGUCUGACCAGAUAAACCUUUCUGAGAUUAGACAAGAGAUUGACAGCCAAAUUGACAGAUACAUAGAACUAGUGGGCUCAGCUCCAGUGUAUGUAGAUGGACAUCAACACAUCCACCUUCAUCCAAAGGUUGUGGAUAUAUUUUGUGAUGCUUUGAAACGGCACAACAUUCAAGUGACAAGAUUUCCGAAUGAGGUCAACAUGGAAUCUAAGAGUUGGGUGAACCCUGAAUAUAUGCCAUUUUUUAGUGUGUUGAUUGAGCAGAUUACAAAUGUUAGAGUUGUUUUAGACAAUUAUGGAAUCAGAACAACAGACUGUUUUGCUGGCUUAUCAACCAUGGGCAAGGACAUGACAGUGGAAAGAUUGCAAAAAGUUAUAUUAGAAGCCUUUCAGGAAGCUGAAAAAAGAACUUUGUUGUCUCCACAAGAUAAAGAGUUCACAUCCUGUGAGCUGAUGACUCACCCUGGGCAUCCAACAGACCCAAAUUUUGGUGGUUUCUCAUGGGGAUCUGAUGAAUUUGGUUUGUCUAGUGACCGAGUUUAUGAAAUCAAAAUUCUGAGUAGUCCAGAAAUGAAGGAAUUCUACAAGGCUAAUAACAUUGAAUUAGUGUCGCACAAUGUUUUGUGUAGCUAAUUUUUUUUAGUGUGCCAGUGCAGUAAUUAACACUGCAGAUGUUUUUAUCACAGCACUUUACUUCUGUUGUUUUAUAUACAAAUGUUUAUGUGUUCAUAUUUUAUGUAAAAACAUACAAUUGUUACUGAUGAAAUUUUCAGAAAAGACUAACUUGUAAAAAGGUCAUUUAACAAAUUAUUGAGCAAAUAAAACCCCUAUUGGAUUAAAAAUUUAAAUGUUAUAUUUGUUUGUACUAUCUAUCAUGACUAAUGAAUUAUCAUAGCUUACUUCAAUCAUAUAUUUAUUUCUUUUACAAUG